AUGAAUACCGCCUCAGCCCAAGGCACACCCGCCGGUAUCCCUGCCACCGGUUAGUUGACGAUCACACAGAGCUAUCUUCUGCGUCUAACCGCUUGCUCAUCCCCGCGAUUCCACGUGGACGUACACUGCCUGUAGGUGUCGGUUCGCUCAACACGUUGCUCCGACGACUUGAAGCCGCGACCGCCCGACUGGAGGACAUCGCCGUCACCUCGGCAGCGAGUGGCGGACCCCAUUUCAACGUCGCAAGUGGUGCAUCCGCCGUCGUACCUUCCACGCUUGCCGGUGCGGGAGCCGGCGCGAUCGCAGGUGGAGCGGCCGCGGCGGCUUCGGCGACGGGCGGCUCGUCUCUUGCCGCUGCUGCAGGUCCAGCAGUCGAAGUUCCUCGCUCGGUUGCGGCUUUUGACGAAGACGUCCUCCAGGGCGCGCUGGCCAAGUACCUCGAGUUGAGUAAGGGGCUGGGCGGCUUGAUCGCCGAUCAGGUGAGUCACGUCCGGCCACCGACCCGAGUUGAGCUGAGCUAAGGCCCCGGGGCCCCGCUUCAACGGCACGGGUCAGCAUCUGCCGGCUGUACCGUUCUGACCCCAGUGUGUCGUCUUUGUCUCUUUCCACUUCAGUCUAAACACGUUCAAGCCGCGUUCAACGCUCAACGCGCCUUCAUCCUUAUGGCGAGCGCCUGCACAAAGAUCCAAGCCUCAGACCCUUCCUACAUGACCUUGCUCAAAGCGACCCAACAGGCGCUCAUGUCGACGAUCGAGAUCAAGGACAAGAAUCGAGCGAGCCCCGAUGCGAACCAAUUGACCGUCGUGGCCGAGGGUAUCCCGGCUUUGGGCUGGGUCACCCUCGUGAGUCGUUUCCUCGCCUUUUCGGGAGCACACCUGCGCGGAUGAGAGGAUUCGAGGCUCGUGCAGAUUCUGACGAGCAUCAGAUUAUUGGACAUCCCAUAGGAUAGCAAACCUGGCCCCCACGUCGGCGAAUACAAGGACUCGGCCGAUUUUUGGGUCAACCGAAUCGUCAAGGCGUUCAAGGACACGUGAGCCCGAGCAGUCUUCUCCAGUUCUGACAAGGCGCUACACUGACCAUGUGCACAUUCCUCACUCGUCACAGUAACCCGAAGCAAGUCGAGUGGGCUCGCAGCUUCAGCGCGACCCUGGAUGCCUUGCGCAAGUACGUCAUGGCCAACCACACAACCGGUCUGACGUGGAACCCCAAGGUGAGCAGGUCUCUGGUGAUAAGUACAAGACGUGCUCCAUCUGGCGGAUCGCUGAACGAAGCAAACGGAUGAUGUCACAGGGUAUCGACCCUGCCAAAUAUUCGGCAUCCCCUGCCGCCUCCGCCGCGGUGGGUGGCGCUCCCCCUCCACCCCCACCCCCACCAGCGCCGCCCGCAGCACCUCCCGCUCCCACGGCACCCGCACAGGCAGCUGCCGCCGCAUCGGGUGACAUGAGCGGUGUGUUUGCGGCUCUCAACAAGGGCGAGGACAUCACGUCGGGUCUGAAGAAGGUCGACAAGAGCGAGAUGACGCACAAGAACCCCGAACUCAGGGCGGGAGGUGUCGUCUCUGCCGUCGGAGCUGGUAAGCGCUUCCUCCAUAGAAGCGAAAUCGAGGAGCCCGAUGGCUGACCACAGCUUCCAUUUCUAUUCUCAAUCAGCUGGCAAAGGUCCCACAAAGCCUCCCAAGCCAUCGGCGAUCGCUCAAAAAAAGCCACCCAUCCUCGCGCUGGAAGGCAACAAGUGGCUUGUCGAAAACUACGACUCGGACCCUCAAAUCUCCGUCACCGACACGUCGAUCCAACAGACCGUCAACGUCUUCAACUGCAAAGCCUCGGUACUGCAAGUCAAGGGCAAGGUCAACGCCAUUUCGAUCGUCAACUCGCCCAAGUUGUCUGUUCUUUUGGAGUCGACCGUUUCGGCUCUGAGCAUCAGCUCGAGCCCUGGAUUCACUGUCCAGAUCUUGGGCAAGGUCCCUACUAUCUUGGUCGACGGCACGGACGGGGGUAUGAUUUACCUCUCGAAGGAGAGCUUGGGCACCGAGAUCAUCACGGCCAAGACGUCGGCGUUGAACAUCAGUCUUCCCGUCGAGGGCGAGGACGAUGGUGUGUUUGAAGAGCGAGCCGUGCCCGAGCAGCUCAAGACGGUCGUGGUCGAUGGCAAGCUCGUGACGACGGUGGUCGAGCACUCCGGUUAA